UUGUUUUAAUGCUAGCAGUGUCGCCUUUGAGGAACGCAAGGAAUGAUGAGAACAAAGGAAAGAUGGAGGGUUUCGGUAUUAUUAGCUCGGAAGAGUUCCCGGACUUCGCCGACGGAAAUUUACUCGAAAGUAUUGAUUUUGACGAUCUUUUUGUUGGCCUUGAUGAAGUUGAUGCGCUACCGGAUUUGGAGAUGGAUACUUCAAAUAUGAAAAAUUCGGUCGGAAAACCCUAUGAAGGUGUUAAUCAAAGGAAAGAUGAGGAAGAAAAUAAGGUUUCGGGUUCGAGUUCGAGUAGAGGGGAGGAGAUUUUCAGCAAAAGAGAGGAAGCUAAUGCAGUUCAUAAAACAGCUUCCAAACAUGGUGUUAAGGGAAGAAAAUCUUCAGGACAAGGAAAUAAUAACAAUCAAGAGAAGCGAAAAACCAAGGUGGAUUGGACGCCGGAGCUGCAUCAGAGGUUUGUUCAAGCGGUGGAGCAGCUCGGGGUGGAGAAGGCGGUGCCUUCAAGGAUUUUAGAGCUUAUGGGCAUCGAUUGUCUCACUCGCCAUAACAUUGCUAGCCAUCUUCAAAAAUAUAGAUCUCAUCGGAAACAUUUGCUAGCUCGUGAGGCCGAGGCGGCGAGUUGGAGCCACAGGAGGCAAAUGUACGGUGCCGCCGCUCCGGCUGGUGGAGGCAAGAGGGACAUAAAUCCUUGGGUUGCACCCACUAUGGGUUUCCCGCCUGUGUCACCACCCAUGCACCACCACUUUAGGCCUUUGCAUGUAUGGGGUCAUCCCACCAUGGAUCAAUCUCACAUGCAUUUAUGGCCUAAACAUCCAGGCCACAUAUCAUCCCCUCCUCCGCCACCGCCACCGCCACCGUCUACUUGGGGACCUCCACCUGCAACAAAUCCCUCGUUUUGGCAUCAUCACCACAAACGUGUAUCGAAUGGGGUAACCCCAGGAACGCCUUGUUUUCCCCAUCCAAUGGCACCAACGAGAUUUGGUGCAGCAACGGUCCCGGGCAUUCCCCCACACCACCAUGGCACUGGUGGACAAUCAGGACCCCACCCGCUCGUUAUAUGCCACCCGUCGAAAGAGAGCAUAGAUGAAGCUAUAGGCGACGUUUUAUCGAAACCAUGGCUUCCGCUUCCUCUCGGACUGAAGCCGCCAUCCACCGAUAGCGUUUUGGGGGAGUUGCAACGUCAAGGAGUGCCCAACAUACCACCCUCCUCCUGUGCUUGAUCCACUUAAUUCGACGACAUUACCUUGUGUUAGGUUCUUGUAGAAAUCUAAUAUCGGUUU